CAAGCAUCAAAUCUUAUCCUUCUGCAUAAGAUACCAAUCUACUUCAACUUUAAAGGCACUGUGUUUCCUCACGAUAAUUAAUUUGUUUCAAAAAAACAAUUUCUGAGGAAGGAAGAGGAAAAAAUAUUAUCCUUGCGUUUGACGAAGAAUUUUAGCCAGUGGAUAUAUUCUACCAAGAAAAAUGAAUGUUUUACCGCAAACUGGUUAUCCAUUUCCUCCCGGAUUUUGGCCUUUUGCGACAUGUGCCGGAAUGAAGACGAUGGAUCUACCAAUCCACCCGGCCUUCAUCCAUACACCGUAUCCAACAUAUGCAAUCCCUCCAUCCGCCACCGUUCCACCUAUGAUCCAUCCAGGAGUUCGAUCCAAAGCCGAUUCUUUUACGAUCGAUGCUAUUCUUAACAGAGACAAAUCAGAGAGUAUUUCAAGAAAGAUCAAAUCACCGAGUUAUCUUGACAAUGAGUGUGGAAAAGAUGUUGACAUUCAUUCGAGGCGCCAUCAAAGACUUUUUGCCAAUUCUCAUCCAUAUUUAGCAUCUUCUGAAAAAUCCAACUGCGAUCGUUCAUCAGUGAAAAGUCCCCCUGAAGUAUUUGAUGAUGAUCAAAAAGAAGACAAAAAAUUGGAUUGUAAACAGGGUUGGAAGCAGGGCAAAGGGAAGAGAGUGCGGACGAUCUUCACCCCAGAGCAGCUGGAACGAUUAGAGGCGGAAUUUGAGAAACAGCAGUAUAUGGUGGGAACAGAGAGGUACUAUUUGGCUUGCUCCUUGAACUUGACGGAAGCCCAGGUGAAAGUCUGGUUCCAAAACAGGAGAAUCAAAUGGCGGAAACAGACACUGGAGCAGCAGCAAGCCAAGCUUGCCCGAUUUGAUCUCUUUAAAGAUUCCUUGGAAUCGGAAUCAGGAUACAGUGAUUCAGACGAUGAUAAUUCUACCAAAGGAAGCCAUUUCCCCACGUCUCCAGAUCAGCGAUGCGUUACGGCAGAAGUUCCGUCAAAUGCUUACACACCACCGUAUUAGAAAAUGUUGUGUGGCAUCAUUUUUCAGAUCAGUAUUAAAGAAAACGAAUAUUAGCCUUGAGGUAGCACGUGACUUGGUGUACUUAUUUGCCUUUUAUGAAAGAGUGGAUUCAAUUUAAUGUAUGCUUAGUUGCAUGGCUGAAGAAAAUGCGUUGUUUUGUGUGAUGCUUCUUAUUAGUAGUGCUUUAGAAGAUAGAAUCUAUAAGCACUUUGUUGUUGUUAAGUUUGAGUAUAUAUUUUUGCAUAUUGAUGGAUUAUCAAUUUGUAAA